CACGCGUCGAAAUGAUGUCAUUUCAUAACCCGUCACACUUUUUCAAGAGAUUUCCUGAGUGAGAAGUGAAUCUAAGAAGCGUGCGCUGCAGCUUCAGAAAGAAAUGAAAGAUCACAUCAGUGUAUAUAUAAUAUAAUACUUUUAUCUUCUAUGUUUUGUGAAGCGCGUGCUUGCCAGAAUAUCAAAGGAGCGGCUGUGUUCACGCGGGGUCGCGCGCGCUCCCCACACCAUCUGCGCCAGGCGCAGGUUCCGAAAGGCGACCCGCGCGAAGAUGUGCUCCGCGCGCGCGGUCUCGUGCGCGCUCCUCGCGCUUCUCUGCGAAGUGUCGUGCGUGCCGCACACCGCGCCUUCGCCCGUCGCUCUGCUCACCUCGUCAUCCUCAUUUCUCACUGCGGAGGAAGGCGAGCCGCGCGGCGGCGGCGGCGGCGGCACGAAUCACUCCCUGGCCGUGGGGUCGCGCAUUCGCUCCAUCGCGAAGGACCUCCCCGCGCUGAAGAACGUCGUCAUCUGUGUCUGCGCGCUCACGGCGCUUCUCAUCAUCUGCCUGCUCGUCAAAGUGUACAGAUCUGGUAGAAAAAUACGAAAAACUCGGAAGUAUGAUGUAAUUACAACUUCUGCUGAAAGAGUUGAAAUGGCACCUUUAAAUGAUGAGAAUGAUGAUGAAGAUGAUGCUACUGUCUUUGAUGUCAAGUACAGGUAA